GGCAUGGCUGCCUUGAGGUCCUUCAAGAUAAUCUGUGGUCCUCUUCAACUGCUGCUGCUCCUGCUUUUGCAAGAUCUGGUCGAACCAUCCCAACUUCAGAUCCGUGGCCCCCAAAGCAGAAUCAAGGCAGGAUCUCGGGCCUCUUUUCAAUGCUCUGCGAGUGAGUCUUCUGAAGAUAUCCAAGUCAAGUGGAUAAAGAAUGGGAAAACGAUACAGCCUAACCAGACCAAAAUCUCAUCUACGGAAAAUAAGGGGAAAAAGUUGUACCAUGUGACAAGCAGUGUGGCAAUCCUGCUUGGGCAAGGAGAUGUGAAGUCACAGCUGACCUGCCAGAUCCAACACAACUCAUCUCAGAAGUCUCAGGGGAACUUCGAACUUGGUGAUGUCCUAAGAGUUCCUCCCAAAAUACGUCUUGAGACUAUUCCACUGUCCUCCAUCCAGCUGAAUGCCAGAGUGAUGGUCACUUGCAACGCAGAAGGUUUUUAUCCAGGUGAUGCAAAACUGGAGUUGUAUGCCAAGGAUGCCCCAAGCAGAAAAGGAAUGGUUGGCCAGAGAAUUUCGAAUCCAGAUGGGACAUAUUCCCUCAAGAGCUACCUGGAGGUGAAGGCCACCGAAGACAAGAACUCCUCCGUGUUCCUUUGCCAGGUGCCCCAUGGUUCCCAGGAUCCGCUCACUGAAGUCACCAACCUCUUCAUUAUGAGGCCACUUAAAACCUCAGAAAACUCCCAGGAACAAUCCAUCGUUGUUCUCUGCAUCGCCCUUUUCCUGAGUAGAGUAGCCAUCCUUUUUUUCAUCUUUUGCCUUUUCCUAACAAAAGUGUUUGGACGCAAGAGGACAAAAACUCGUUCCCGAACAUCCCAGGAAGUGAGACAGUCUGGAACUUCAAGUUAGGGACUCCUGUUCCUGAUAGAUUUUCAGGAUGAGAAAGGAUCCGAUUGGGGAAUCAAUCAUAAUAAUAUCAUUGAAAUGCUUGCGCCAUGAGUGCUUCACUCUGCCAAAUGUAUAAAGUUAUAUAAGCCUGUGAAAUCAAUGUGGAGAUUAAAAAGAAAAAUAACCUUGCUUUGUUUUGCCAUGUCUGGGACUUAAUCGAAUCUUUCUUAAAAUGUA